AUGGCAAUGACAUACAAUAAAACACAAUGUGUUAUAUGUAAUAAGGAUAAAAUAACAUAUCUUUGUGAAGGAUGUUCGAAAAACUUUUGUUUAAUCGAUUUAACAAGACAUCGUCAACUAUUAAAUGAAGAACUACGUCAUAUUAUUGAUGAUUAUGAUCAAUUUAAAGAAAGAUUUGGUGAGCAAAAACCAAAUUCACAUGAUCUUUCUUUAAUAGAUCAAAUUAAUAAAUGGGAAAUAGAUUCAAUUGACAAAAUUAAACAACGAGCAAAAAAUUGUAGAGAAAUUGUCACAGAAUUAUUACAAACAUCUAUUAAUGAUAUAGAAAUGGAAUUUAAUGAUUUAAAUGAACAACUAAAACAAUUUCAACAAGAAAACGAAUUUAAUGAGAUAAAUUUAAACUAUCUAAGAAAUGAAUUAAAAAAAAUUAGACAAGAACUAAAUAAUCCAUCAAAGACUUAUAUUCAACAAGAUUCUCAAUCAUUUAUUAAUGAAAUUUCAAUUAUUUCAUUGGAAAAAAAACCAAAAUGCAAUAAAUGGAAACAAAAUGGGAUCACCGUGGCUGGUGGAAAUGGAAAAGGACAAGAAUUAAAUCAACUCAAUCGUCCUGCAGGAAUCUUUAUUGAUAAAAAGAAAAAUGUUUUCAUUGCUGAUAAUGAUAAUAAUCGUAUUGUUGAAUGGAAAUAUAAUGCAAAGGAAGGACAAAUCAUUGAAAGUAUAAAUAAACAAGGAAAUAGAAUGAAUCAUUUGAAUCGACCAACAGAUGUAAUUGUUGAUCAACAAAAUCAUUCGAUCGUCAUUGCUGAUCAUAAUAACAGACGAGUAAUUCAAUGGUCGAAUCAAAAUCAACAAAUUCUCAUUAAGAACAUUGACUGUUAUGGUUUGGCAAUGGAUAAGCAUGGGUUUCUUUAUGUCUCUGAUUGGAAGAAGGAUGAAGUUAGACGAUGGAAAAUAGGUGAAUACAACAACGAAGGAAUUAUAGUAGCAGGUGGAAAUAAGCAAGGAAAUGAACUCACUCAACUCAACUAUCCUACUUUUAUCUUUGUUGAUGAAGAUCAAACUGUUUAUGUAUCAGAUAGAUUGAAUCAUCGUGUGAUGAAAUGGAGAAAAGAUGCAAAAGAAGGAAUAAUUGUUGCUGGAGGAAAUGGUCAAGGAAAAAAUAUCAAUCAAUUGUCUCACCCUCGAGGGGUAGUUGUUGAUGAUUUGGGCCAAGUCUAUGUGGCAGAUAGUCAGAAUCAUCGAAUAAUGCGUUGGUGUGAAGGAAAAGAAGAAGGUGAAGUUGUUGUUGAUGGAAAUGGUAAAGGAGAAAAUCAAUCAAAUCGAUUCACUUGUCCUACAGGUUUAUCUUUUGACGAUGAAGGAAAUAUUUAUGUUGCCGAUUAUAAUAAUCAUCGAAUUCAAAAAUUUGAAAUAAUUUUGUGA